UCUUCAACCAAGCCAAAACAAGAGCUAAACAAUCGAUCAGAUAUCCGUCGAUGCCUCCAUGGUGGUUGCUGCUGCAUUUUCUGGCCGCUGUUCUUGCCAUGGAUGUUGAGGGGCGACAAGAUAGGUACGCCUGCCCUCCUUUUUCUUGCGGCCAUCUCCAGGACGUCCACCACCCUUUCCGCCUGCGAGGCGAUCCAACCAAGUGCGGUUCUCCGUCAUACGAGCUGGUUUGCGCCGGCGACCGGGCUACAAUUCAGAUCAACACAGGGACAUACUUGGUCACCGAGAUCAACUACGGACGUUCAUACAUGUGGGUCGUGGACGCCAACCUUGACAUGAGCAGCAGCUGCCCUCUUCCUCGCUGGGACCAGCGUCCCUACCUAAAUGGUCUCCAGGGGCCUGAUGGACUGGUCGAUUUGAUCCCCCCCGUGGUUACAUGGGCCAACUUUGUGAAUUGUUCACGGGCGAUCACCAACAGUAGUGACUACAAACCGGUGGUUUGUCUGAGCACCAGCACUUCUUUCGUCUAUGUGCUGAUCGACUCUUAUUAUGUUGAGAAGCUUAAGCCUUCUUGCGGGUACUUGGCCAUGGCUGCCUUGGGUGAUCAGAGCAUGCUAUAUGAUAACGCAAGCCACGAAACUCUGGUAGGAUCCCUCAGGGGAGGAUUUCCUGUUUUGUUUCCUUUCAGUUAUGAGAGGAGGCCUGGGAGCUUCAGGGGCUGCCUGAAGGAUAAUAUUCGUUCCAAUGAACACCUUAGCUCGCUACGCUUUGCAAUAGUAUACUCCCCGGCGAUGUUGAAGUUCAUUGCUGGAGUAUGCAGGUUCGUGGUUGCUCCCCUGGUGGUACUGUUCUUCCUGGCCCACAAAUAUUGGAAAACAAGAAUCACAAUUGAUGCGGUCGAGAAGUUCUUACAAAUGCAGCAAGUGAUCGGCCCAACAAGGUAUGCUUACACAGAUAUUGUCGCGGUCACAAGCCAUUUCAGAGACAAGCUAGGUCAGGGAGGCUAUGGCUCCGUGUACAAGGGCAUUCUGCUCCCAGGCGAUGUCCAUGUGGCCAUCAAGAUGCUGGACGGUAAAUCCUGCUGCGACGGAGAAGAUUUCAUCAGUGAGGUCUCCACCAUCGGCAGAAUCCACCACGUCAAUGUGGUCCGUCUGGUCGGGUUCUGCUCGGAGGAAAUGAGGAGGGCGCUAGUCUACGAGUAUAUGCCCCAUGGUUCUCUUGAUAAGUACAUCUUCUCGGCCGAGAAGAGUUUCUCCUGGGACAAGCUCAAUGAAAUUGCCUUGGGCAUUGCUAGAGGAAUCAACUACCUGCAUCAAGGAUGCGACAUGCAGAUUCUACACUUUGACAUCAAGCCGCACAACAUCCUUCUUGACACCAAUUUUGUCCCAAAAGUUGCCGAUUUUGGCCUUGCCAAGCUAUACCCAAGGGACAACAGUUUUGUGCCGUUGAGCGCCCUACGGGGAACAAUCGGGUACAUAGCUCCUGAGAUGGUAUCCCGGAGCUUUGGCAUCAUAUCUAGCAAGUCAGAUGUUUACAGCUUCGGGAUGCUGCUGUUGGAGAUGGCUGGAGGACGCAGGAACGCUGACCCGAACGCGGCAAACUCAAGCCAGGCAUUCUACCCAUCGUGGGUGUAUGACCGCCUAACUAAACAUGAACCGGGUGAGAUAUCUGCUGAGAUGCAUGAAUUGGAGAGGAAGCUGUGCCUUGUUGGUCUGUGUUGCAUCCAGAUGAAGUCCCACGAUCGGCCAGAGAUGAGCGAAGCCAUAGAGAUGCUCGAAGGGAGCGUUGAUAGCAUGCAGGUGCCUUCAAGGCCAUUCUUCUGUGAUGAUGAGCACAGCCCUGUAGUGGAGCCUUACCAUUUCCUCUCUGAGCUGACUACCAUUUCGGAGGAGGGUGAGUGA